AUGCACCAACCGUGCACGAACGGGGCGCACCUCAACGGGGAUUCUGUGCGCAAUGGGGACCUGGCUCCCACACUGCAGAUGCCCACUACUGACCAGGAAAUUGUCCGACUCAUUGGACAGCACCUGGUCUCUGUUGGACUUGAACGUAGCGCGGCCCUCCUGAUGGAGGAGUCUGGGCUACACCUGGAACACCCGGCGGCAGCCACGUUUCGGCAGCACGUCCUGGCUGGUGACUGGGUCAAGGCCGACCAUGAUCUGCGCGCGCUGCACGACCUGUUACGUGACUCACCGCAUCGCGACACACACAAUCUCUCAGAAAUGAAAUUCGUGGUGCUGGAGCAAAAAUAUCUAGAGCAUCUCGAGGCAGGGCGUGUGCUGGAUGCGUUGCACGUGCUGCGAAAUGAAUUGACUCCGCUGCAGCACGACACGCCGCGCGUGCACAGAUUGUCCGCGCUCAUGAUGUGCGCCGACGCAGGCGAGCUACGAGCGAGAGCGCAGUGGGCCGGCGGCUCGACCUCGAGGGCAGCGGUGUUGGCCCGCGUGCAGGCCGUCCUUCCGCCCGCGCUCAUGAUGCCGCCCGCCCGCCUUCGUGCUCUCCUUGCUCAGGCUGCCGCCCUGCAAUCGCAGCGCUGCCGUUUCCACGCCGCCCCGCGACCCUCGCCGGACCAAACUGAUCACAUCCCCUUCUCUCUACUCGCCGACCAUCAAUGCUCGGCUGACCAGUUCCCGAUACACUCUUUACAGGUACUAAACGAGCACUGUGACGAAGUAUGGUACUGCAAGUGGUCUCCGGAUGGAUCCAAAUUGGCAUCAGGUUCUAAGGACCACACUGUCAUGAUAUGGGACUUUGAUCCUGUAGCCAAGAGACUAUCCUUCAGGAAAUCCCUGGAGGGUCACUUGUACGGGGUGUCAUAUCUGUCGUGGAGUCCCGAUGGCCGCUACCUCAUCGCCGUUGGACCAGAGGACUGUCCCGAUUUAUGGAUAUGGAAUAUGGAGACGGAACAGCUUCACCUGAAGAUGACUCACUCCCAAGAGGAUUCCCUAACGGCGGUGGCUUGGCACGCGACUUCUGACAAAUUUGUAUGCGGCGGUGCACGGGGCCAGUUCUACCACUGCACGCUCGAUGGCACUUUGAUAAACAACUGGGAUGGCGUGCGUGUGAACGCGCUAGCGUGUCGUGCAGAUGGCGCUGUACUCGCAGCUGAUACUCAUCACCGCGUCAGGGCCUACUAUUUCGCAGACCUCACUGAUAGGAACCUUAUUCAAGAGGAACACGCGGUUAUGGCGAUGACCUUGAAUGCGGCGGACACUCUUCUUUUGCUCAACGUCGCCAACCAGGGCGUACAUCUUUGGGACGUCCGUGCGCGUGCGCUGGUACGUCGAUUCCGUGGUCUGUCCCAGGGCCAUUUUACCAUCCACGCCUGCUUUGGCGGAGCGCACCAGGACUUCGUCGCCUCUGGCAGUGAAGACAAUAAGGUGUACAUCUGGCAGAUAGAACACGAAGAACCGGUAGCGGUACUUGCAGGUCACACACGCUGCGUCAACGCCGUGGCUUGGAACCCUGUUCACCACGACGUGCUGGUGUCAGCCUCUGACGACUACUCACUGCGCCUAUGGGGACCACGCCCUCACUAA